AUGGAUGAUAUGAAUAAGUUCGAUGUGACUACUGAUAGUUCAGAAGCUGAUGAAAAAAAUUCAAAUUUUGCCGUUGAUACUGCUCCGAAUACUUCUUUUAAUAAUACAAUUGCCAUUUCAGACUCAGUUGCUAAUUCAACAUUCUUUACAAGUGAAUCCGACGAAGGUGCUAGUCUUGUUGAUAUGCGAUCUGUUGUUCCUGUUGAAUUGCGUUCAUUGGAUGAGACGUUAUUAGAAGAAAUAACAUUUAUUCAAGCUUGCAAAUAUCUAUCUCGUAAUGCAGUGAAUAAUGCUACGUGUGAUUUGGAAAAGUAUCUUACAACAUCGCAUCUGACAUUAUCAAACAAACGUCAAGUCUGUCGUGCAUUUGGCUCAAGUGUGACCGCUUUAGACGACUAUGCCGAACGUGUCAUACAAAAGAAGAAAAAACAAAAUAAAACAAUGGCACUAGCAACAAAAAUCCAGCAAAUAUCAACAACAAAAUCACGAAAACAAACAAUCACGACCCUAAAAACAACAACAACCAGUUUUAUUGAUAUAGUGACCAGUAAUCAUUUAGAUGUCCUUCGUGUAUUAAUCCAUGAUUCUGAGCGGAGUCAGUCUCCGCUAACAUUUGAGAAAACAAAAAUAAUGUAUCAAACUUUCUGGUAGUGAUACAUUAUAACGACAGGAUCUUAUCAGGUAUAAUCGUGUAAUAAACUAAUAGUUCAAAGCAAAUCACAACAAGAACACCCAAUAAAACGUUUUAUCAGUGAGAAACAUCAACGAAUACAGCUAUCGUUGCAUCGGGUAUGGUUA